AUGACUUCAACUGUGGUCCCGAUACUCUUCAUCCAAAUUCUCCUUUCAAUUGUCGUGACAACCACUCUAGCAGGUCCCAUCACCAUCACCAGGGAAACGUUUAGAACUUGUCGCCCGGGAACUUGGGGGGGAAUUCCAUCUGAUUGCUGCCCUCCCAAGCUCAUAAAAGGACCGAUUGUUGAUUUCUGCCCGACAUUCGAUGCUUCUAAACCUUUGAGGGUCAGGAAGGCCUUACAAUGUCUCAGCGGCCAUGAGCUGGAGACCUAUACGAGGAAGUUGGAGAGAGGAUACGCUCUGAUGCGCGCUCUUCCAGACAGUGAUCCGCGCUCUUUCAAAAGGCAGAACGCGAUUCAUUGUGCCUACGGGACGGGCUCCUUCGUCCAGGAUGGCUCCACCAACCUCACCAUCGACAUUCACUUGAAUUGGCUCUUCCUGCCCUGGCACCGCAUGUUCGUGUACUUUCACGAGAGGAUUUUGCAGAAGUUGCUCGGAGAUCCCGAAUUCAGUCUUCAUUUCUGGAAUUUCGACAACAGCGUCACAGCGACGCCAAGGCAUGGAUCCCACGGCUGCUACAAGGCUGGUCAUUUCAUGCCUCCGAUAUACAGCGAUCCAUCGAAAGCAACAUUUGAACCAAAUCGCUCAUCCAAGGCCUUCGAGCCCAAUAGGCCCGUGGACCUGUCGCUCGACCUCUCGCAAAGAGUUCCACUUUCAGCGCCCAUCCCUCCGUUCCCCAACCGUACCCUCGAGGAACAAACGCGCAGGAACAGAGAAGUCAUGCACAGGUCGGUGAUCACGCUCGGAAACACCACCAGCUUCAUCGGGAAGCCAUACAGAGUCGGAGACACGCGAGUCAUUAUUCCAGCGACAGGAGCAGGUACCAUCGAAAGAUGGCCCCACAAUACGCUGCACGUCUGGAUCGGAGGAUGGAUGCUGCAGCCCAUCACUGCGCCAAUCGACCCAAUCUUUUACCCUUUCCAUGCGAACAUGGAGCGACUCUGGAGCGUCUGGCGCAAGUUGGGCUACGGCCAUGACGAUCCGACUGACCCAGACUGGCUCGAUGCAACAUUUCUCUUCUGGGAUGAGAAUGCAGUGAUGAGGAGAGUCAAAGUGAGGGACUUUCUGGAUUUGAAUGCCCUCGGGUACAGAUAUGAGGAAGUGAAUGACGCGAGUUGGAUCUUCUUCGACAACUCCACGAGCUCAAGUGCUCCUUAA